AUGGGUCCAACAUAUCAGCAAGCAGGGCGUACAGCUCACCGCGCUGGGCCGAGCAGCAGCUCAAGUCAAGGGUUCGAUCAAGCACAAGCACUCCGCACCCAAAUUCAGCUAGAAAUUGAACAGAAAGCCAAAGUCUGUGCAAACACACAGUACGAAUGUACGCUGCCACGGGUGGAUUCGUACGUGUACUGCUUCCGGCACAUCCUACAGGAUCCGAAUGCACCGUACAAACAGUGUGAAUAUGAAUUCCCGAACGGUCGCCGUUGUCUGGAACCGUCCCCAAUGUACGACGUAAAGAAAGACUAUGGUUCCAACUAUUGCUUCGAGCACAGCCGCCAAACACAGCUGAAAAAGACGAAAUCCACCAUCGGAAAGCUGGUACCGGUGGAAACAACGGAAACGUUGCUGCACGGUUUGGCACACCACGUGAAGGUGGACAAAGUUAAGCAGCAUUACAUGGGCAGUAGCACACCGCUAAAGAUAACCGUGCACGAAGAUGAUGAUGAUACGGAUGUGGACGUCGUAACACCAUCGGUCGAUCCUUUCGUCGAUGUCGAUGUUACUGCGAUUAACGAUACUGGUCGCACCGUACUGGAUUAUGCUUCCGAUUCGAGCGAUGACGAUGAGCUGAUGCUUCAUCCAACGUACGGAUCCUCCUGGAAAGCACACGAGAUGGACAAUUCCGACAAUGAAAGUGUCGAUUCGCAGGGUGAUGAUCCGCUGAAGCACGCCGGAAUCUAUACCGCCGAAGAGGUGACGCGCAUUACGAAGGAGAAGUUGUACCGUUUGCAGACGCUGUACAUCGAACAGAUUCAUCGUCUGCAGCACGUGCUCCGCGAACGGCGUCGGACCUAUCUGAAGGAUGUUCGUGCGGAACGUGACGUUCACUGUAGUAUCUUCGAUCAGGUCAAGCAAACGCCUCGCGAACGAUUGCUGUACCAAAAGCUGAAGGGUUUAAAUCGAUACCACCGUAAGCACGGUGUGGAAGCGAUCCUCCAGCGUAAAUAUUUGGAAAAGCGCGCCAAAGCAACGGAAGGCUUACAGCAGAAACCUCCAUCACUGCCCAAGUGUUCGUACACGGAGGGUGGCGUAAAGUGUGGUGAGCGGACGCUGCCAUGCUGCAAACACUGCCGAAAACACAUCCUCGAGGACAAGAAGCAGGUGCUGUUCCGGGCGUGUGGCAUCGAGAAGAGUGGUGUCGUUUGUCAGGAACCGUUGGCCGGAUUGUUCGAGAAUGUGACCUGUCCGCUGCACAUGGAGCUACCGGCACAGCGUUCAUUUAACAAGCGCAAGUAUGAAUCCGAAUCGGAGGGCGAAUGCGAAACCAGUGCCAUGGAAGUGACCAAUACGGCGGUGGUAGGUGGUGGUGGUGUUGAGAAAGCUUCCAGCAGCAGCGUUGAAACGCUAGAGGAUAAGAAGGGUGUAAAUAUGGAUGCGAACGCAUCCAGUUCCGAGGUGGACAUAAAAACGCCUGUAAAGACCGAAAAUAAACGUAAGAUUAUCAAAACGGAACCUGUAACACCGGUUGCACGGGUCCGUAAUACACGCUCGUCCCGGGCUGCUAUGGCUAAGCUGGAAGAUCAGGAAACGGAGAGCAGCAAGCCAGCUGGUAAUCAGGACAUGAAACAGGAACCGACUGUCACGGUAAUCGAACACGUGUCUGCCACUGCUACAAUCACCGCGUCCCAGAUGAACGAUCCUUCUUUCGAUUUGGAAGAUAAUGUACUGCCGGUUAAUGUUAUUAUUAGGAAUAAUCCAAAACCGACCGAAGCCGCUGUCGAAACGGCUAAAACCGACGAUACGGAUAAGGGUGAUGGAGAGAAGGUUAGCGAGGAAAAACCGGAUGAAAAAGCACAAGAAACUAGCGUUCUGCCAGCUGAGAAUGUUGCUAAAGAAGACAGUAAAAAGGAGGAGUCAAAGAUUGAAGAAGAAGAAGAAGAAGCAGGGACCAUUGUUUCAAACGAAGAAUCGCAACAAAGUGAGGCCAAUACGGUGGAUGAGGAAGUGAUUGUAGAAACAGCCGCGCCCGUUGAAGUUCCCGAGUCUGGAUCACAACAGGAAAAGGUCGGUGAUCAGGAAGAACCAACACAAACACCGAAGGGAACAACAACAACACCAACAACGCGACAAAGAAAACUAAAGGAUACUCCAGAUAGAAAAGAAAUGUAG